CCCGAUCUGGCCGGGGAUGCGCGGGGCAGAAGCAGAACUCGAGCGAUGCCUGUCCUUCUACAAGGCCCUGGGGCAGGCAGCGGGGCUGGGAGAAACCUGCCGGAGUUUACUGCCCUUCCUGGAAAAACUCAAGCAGUUUGCAGGAGGUUCCGUGAAGAGAUGCAGAGACAAAAACCUGGAGGAGGCUUUUCAGCUCUUGGCAGGAAUGAGCAAAGGAUUCUGGGAGCUGGAGCCAGAGAACACCCUUCCUCUGGUGCACUGCGUGCUUACCUGCCAAAUGGAGACCCUCAGCAGCUCCGGCUCUUUCUCUCGACUCGAAAAGAUUGUUGUAAGACUGUCAGAAGGGAACAGAACAAUGGUCUCAGAGCAGGUGGACAAGCUAAUGGGCCGUCUCACCCCCGAGGACAAAAAGCCAAUGUCUGCCGGCGCUCUCCAGACAGCCUGCAUUUUCAUUGAGAAGAGCGUGCUGGGACGAUGCUACUGGAGAUCCCACCUGCCCCACCUGCUGCGGUGCGUCGCCACCACGUUCGACUUCAUACUGCAGGAUCAGACACCCCGGAACGAGCAGUGGCUUUACAUCACGGUUAAGACGUGCCUGCAGCUUUUCAAGGGGAUGCCCGAGGGGGUUUCCCCGCUCGUGUGGGAUGAAACGGAGCACAAGGAGGUCCUGCAGAAGAUCCUGAGAUCGCUGGUGCAAGCCAUGACUGCAAAGGCAGCUGGCAAGGACACCCGUCUGCUGGCUGGGACCGCCGUGAGCAUGCUGGUGAACACGGGGCGUGAGCCUCGCGAAGGAGCCAUGGCAGCUCUGGGUCUCUUCCGCUCGCUGGGUCUGCGUGGAUGUUCCCUUGCAGAGAGGAAAGGCGCUACUCCAGGCAGCCCUAAAGGUGAAGGCCGAUUUGGGGUGCUCAGCGUGCCCCCCGCUGCCUGGAGCCCAGAUGGACUGGGCCGGCUGGUGCUGACCCGCGGCUUAUUGGCCUGCUGCAAGAAGCAGAUCCUGAGCUGCCAGCUGGCUGGAGCCCCUCCCCAGGCUUGUCUGUUGCUUGAUGUCCUCCUCCCAGCUGUCUUAGACCUGCUGGAAGAGCCGGUGGAGUGUCAUUACUACUGCUUCCAAGCUUUCUCGCUGUGGCUCCAACGUGUCCGAGAUGGUCUGGAUGAGAUCUGGAAAGCGAAGCAGAGCCGUGUGCUAGCGGACAACUCUAGUCUGCUUCAAAGACUGACCCAGUUCCUCUGGAACAGUGCAGAGAGCCCGGUGGAGGGGGUCUCAGACUUCAUCCACCAGUCCCUCCGGCUCCUCUUGGAGAUCUACACUCUAGAAUGUGAUCACUUUGAUGACACAGAGAGAUCCCUUUAUGGAUGGUUCCUGCAGAAAAUCAUGUUUACGCCUUGGCAACUUCGAGCCCGAUAUUUUGUGCUCAUUGCCGUUCUGCCCUACCUGGAUCCUGGAAAAGUUCUGGAGACUUACAGAGAUCUUCCACAGCACCUCUUGAACUGUCUCUCAACCAACCACCUGUGUCCAGCAGCCUCGGAGUUGUACAAAACCAUCCUGCAGUUACAGCGCAAAGUGUGGACUGGGGACCAAAGAGAAGUUGCAGAGGAGGAGUUGGCUCGGAAGUGGGGCCAUUGCUGGCUGCCGACUGUCUCCAGCGCCUUGACCUCUCCGGUCUCUUUCCUUCAGAGCAAUGCCUCCAACUACAUCCUGGGGUGGACGCUGAGGCUGUUCCCUGGUUCUUACGCUCUGCUGGCUGGAAGCUACAGUGGCAGGGAUGCUUCGCAACUCCGGGCUUGGGUCACUUUGCUGAAAGUCCAGAAAUCCCUCAUGGGAUCCUUGCCUGGAGAUGGAGAAGCCCUUGAGCGACUUGGGUUUUGCCUCUCCUCCGAAGAAGAGAACGUCCGUCUGGCAGCUCUAGGCCUCCUGUGCUGCAGUCCCAGGACCAACCAGGCCUUGUCCACAAUGGAGAUCCAACUGCUGAAGGCAUUCCUGCCACUGAACUUGAACUGCGACUCCUCUUCUUUCCGGCAGCUCCUCCAAGCUGCAGUCAAAAAGGCUUUGGUCAGGGCACGGGAAAGCUCUCUUGCACUGCUGCGGAGGCAAGCGCUGAAUAGGGCCAGCUUGGCUGGGAAGGACCCAGAGGUGCCUCUGGAACAGGCCGUGGACUUCGUCGAGUGGCUCCUGCACGUUUGCAUUUCCUCCUUGAUGCCGGGGUCCAACUACCAGAGGAGGAAGAGCGGCCUCCUCCUCUUGGAGGCCAUCCUGGAGACCUGCACCGAAACGUGGAGGCCGGAGAGAAAGAAAGGGCAGCCCCCUUGCAGCAUCACUGCACUACUGAGCUGGGCCCGAAGGAAAGGCUGCUGGGACUUCUUCUCGACAAGCAACACCCUGGCCCUGUUGAGUUGCUUGCAAGACGGCACAAACGAGAUCCACGAGCUGGCGUCAGAGUUACUCAUCCGCUACUUCCCUCCGACUUUCCCAGAAUCCAUUGCUGUGGCUCUAUUUGUGCAGGCACAAGAAGCCAUGAGGAGUCCCAGAGUCCAGGAUGUCGAAGCAGGAGCAGUGCUAAUGAAAACCAUCCUCCAAAAGUCAGACCUUUGUACCUUGGAACGGUUAUUGCCAGAGGCAAAGGAAGAAACGGACACCCCGUGCCAGUAUCUCUGCCUCCUCAGGCAUCUCCUCAAGGAGCUGCACGUACAGUUUACCAGGGCGUCCCAGGACUUCCUGCAGGCCGCCCGCACCGCACCGAUCCAUGGCGUCCUUGCUGCUCUGAGGCGAUGCCUGCUCGACAUCCCAGAGGUGGCAGCCUCCGCAUCGAAGCCUCAGCAGCUGCCCCAGUGGCAGUUCCUCCUCAGCAGCCUGGUGGACACCACGAGAGGCAUCAGCAGCUUGCUCCUGGGGAGGCUGCAGUCCAAGCAGUCGCCAGUCUUGGACCCUCAAGCUGUUGCACCUUCAUUUGCCGACAUGGGGAAAGCGAUAGGCUGCCUCAUCCAGCUUGGAAAGGACCUGGCGCCCCCAGAAGACGACGAUUCAGUCCUGCUGUCCGAGGAGCACGGCCUCAUCCUAACCUGCUGCUGGGUUUCGGUGAAAGAAAUUGGGCUGCUCUUGGGUGGUCUGGUGGAGAAGUUUCUGCCUCUGUCACCACCAGCAUCCUGCAGGCCUCUCCUGCCCCUCCAGCUGGUCAACACGGUGGCCAAAGUGUUCCAAGAUAUCUUGCUGAAAUGCCGGCACUGGGGAGCUGUGGAAGGCUGCAGUGUCGGGUUCACCAGGUUCUGCACUGCUUUGCUGAGCCAUCCUGACCCAGAGCUGCAAAACAUACCAAGAACAAUGUUAGAUCAGGGAUUGGCUUUGUUAAGGGGCCCCAGGAGCAGCUCCAUCACGCGCAGGGCAGCCGGCUUCCCGAUGCUCUUCCUGUGCAUUGUGGCCGGGGAAGACCCCGGCAAGCCACGGCCUCUUCUGGCAAGCUGCGUUCAGGAACUGCUGGCCUUGGCUGGCCAGCCUUUGCCCCAAGACUGGGACCAGACGGUGGACUUGCCCCAGGUGUCGGCCGUCCACGUGCUGCAGACCCUUGUCCGAGGCUCUGGCCUUGGGACAGCCCUGCACCAAUACAUCACCCCCAUGGUUAUGCUGUUUCUGGGGACGCUGAGCUCCCCUAGCUGGGCCAUGAGAAAUGCAGGCAUCCAACUCUUCAGCGCCUUGACAGUUCGUCUGCUCGGUCAGAAGCAGAACUGGGACGGCGGGCAGAGUCAGGACGGGGUGAGCUCCGAGGCCCUUUUUGGUCGCUACCCUCAGCUGAAAAGCAUUCUGCUCGCAGAGCUGACCUCGGCGGUGGAGGCGUCCGUGUCUGGAGGGGCCACGAGAGGACAGCUCCGCCUCUGCCCCUCCCUCUAUGCCAUCCUAACCUUUUUGGCAAAGCUGUUGCCGGGCGCAGACACUCUGAACAGCGACUCCGUCUGCUUCCUGGAGCCCCUGAUCCAGCUCUCAGGAAACCCCAUUUAUGCUGUGCGGGUGAUGGCGGCCAGGGCCCUGGUGCCCCUUGUUCCGGUGACCGAGUACGGGAAGGUCCUCUUGCAGCUGGCCGGGAGCUUACCACAGCCGGGGGAUGCGCCGUCCCACAAUGCUCUGCACGGCUGCCUGUUGCAAACCCAGUCUGUGCUGGCCCGGGCACUGGAGGCCAACUGCCUGCCUCCCGAUGCGCUGCUCUCCAUCACCCGCCACAUAGAAGACCGUCUCUGGCUGAUCUCCCCCGUACAGCAAUGCCCCUUGGUCCGCACGGUCUACCUCCAAAUUGUCUCCCUUCUGGUGGAACAGUGUUCACAAAGUUUCGUGCAGAGGGUUUGGGAGAUUGUGAUCAGCGAACUGACCGACGCUCAGCCCGUUGAGACACCUGGCUUCUCCCCCACCCAGGUUGGUUCUGCCACCUUCUGCCAACAAGCUGUUGGCUUCCUCUGUCAUGAGGCCACAGGGCCAGGACACCCGGGGGGAGCCGGUGAACUUUGCUUGCUCCUGCUAAGGGGGAACACGGACACGCAAAGAGCCACCCUGGCCUGGAUGGUGGAACAGGAGGACACAAAAAGCCUGACUUCAAGCAAGGAGCUGCAGUUAAUCCUGCUGGAGAAAAUAAAUGAAUUGCUGACAUGCAGGACGGACCAGACACUUCUGAAGUUACACCUGGAAGCUCUUGUGCACCUCUGUGCCACCCCCAACUCACCAGAGCUGCUUUUCCCCACAAACCGACUGGAUUCUGCAUGCGCCGAAUGCAAGGCGACCCUCUUAUCGCUCGUGGAAAGCGGCCAUUCCAGCCCAGACCUCUUGGGCCAGGCGUUGUGCGUUGUAGCUUUGCUCCUCACUCCAAACUCAGAGGAUUUUCCUUUGUGGGAACGAUGGAGCGCGGCGAUCGGACGGUGCAGCAGCCCCCUUUCCUCCGAGGUGCUCAGAAUGGCUGCCGCCAAAUCGCUGAAACUGGCAGGGGCAGAGCUGAUUGGGAGAGCCCAGGAGUCCUCCAGCCCGGCUCUCCAUGUGGGGUCACGAGGCCUGAUCCACGCAGCAGUCCGUUUGCUCCAAGACGAAGACCAGGCGGUGAGGAAGGAAGCUGCCGCCUUUGCCAGUCGUCUGGUGCAGCAGCCGCCCCUCAGCUCGGAGGUCCCCCCUCGGGACACGUGCGCCCCGCUUCAGAGCAGCAAGGCCCUGCUGAGGCUGCUGCAGCUCCAGGUGGACACAUCUGGGAAUGACCCGGAAGCCUUGGCAUCCUUGCUGCAGCACCUCCCUGCGACAAACCUCGCUGAUGCUCUGGCAGAGCUGGAGAUGAAGGGGACUGUCAGCCUGUAUAAAGAGGAUGAACCAAACGUUUAUGCAGAGCCAGCAUUCCUCUCCCAAAUGUUGCUGCCUUUCCUCCUCCAGCUGCUCCACAAAGCGACCACCUCGCCAACGCUUUGGGAGUCAAUGCAAUGCUGGCUGACAGCCACUGGGCCAGGGAUCUCCGCAGGCCUGCAGCACUGCCGGCAGUGGUGGAGCCGAGACCACAGCACAGCUCUGCACCUAAAGGCUCUGGGCUGCGCAAAGGUACAUGCCGCCGUCACCACCCUGCUGGUCAAGGCCGUCCUCGCCAUCCGCAUCCUGGAGACCCUAGAAGGAGGGAAGAAGCCCAGCUCGGAAGGAAUCGCCUUCUCUUCCCAGGAGCUGAGACGAACUGCAUGCUCUGUCCAGAAGCUGCUCGCUCAGCGUGGAAUGGCUCCCAUGGUCAGCACAGAGAUGGAGCAGUCGCUGCAUGGACACUAAGAGCCGUCCCCCAAGAACACGUCGCAGUGCAUCUUGAGGACUUUUUGACUUCAGCAGAGAAAGCGUGGAGAUGGUGCUUCAUUUGGCUGCCGUGGGAAUCCACCAUACCUUUUCCAGCCUAGGGUUCUAGUGAGCUGCUGCCCUGAGUGUCGGCAAGUGCAGGCCCCAGAUACUGUGGCUGAUUUUCCCCAUCAGUCCUUGCCAGCAAAGCAAGGGGGAGGAACGCCGGGCCAAACUAUCUCGUGGGCCGCAAGCGGCCAGCCUCUGCAUCACUCCAUGAUGCGGCUUGACCAAUGUGUGGCAGUCCCAAAUGGCCAUAAACAAACGGGAGGGCCGUCUUGCUAAGCUACGACGACGUCUUUGUGCAUCAGAGCUGAGCGAUGGGUGCCCACUCGAUGGGAGCAAAGAAUGAAGCCGGAGAAGGCCAAGGGAGGGACAGGAUGUCUUUGACAGCCUUCCUCUUAGUCAGCCACUAGCCCGGGUGGGAGAAGUAAUUACAGUUACAACUUAUUGUUGUAAGCCGCCCCGAGGCUUCGGCGAAUGGGGCAGCAUAAAAAUGUUUUAAUAAAUAAAUAAAUAAACUCG